UAUUUCGGGCUCUGACACAUGUGAACCGAGCGUGCUUAUAUCGACCUCUCGCUUUCCCUCGCUCACUUCGCCGGCCGUCCUUCCUUAACGCGCGACCAAGUUUCGCUGACGAGUAUAACCGGUGACUUAAGUCGGCUCGCAGUCACCGUCAGCCUUGCGACUCAAAAACCACUUAGGACACUCGGCGAGUUAGAUUAGAAGUUACAUCCGAGAUUCGUGCGGGUGAUCUCGAUUAAUUAGUACGUAGCCGAAGACAGUGCUGUGCGAUUAAGCGGCGUUAAAGUUUGGUCGUAAAAUGGUAAAGACCAAGUCCGGGGAGCAGGAGGAGGGAGGAGGCAUAGGUUUCAAGGACAAGCAGAGAGCGUUGGACACGCUGAGGAUCCUGGACGGCCGCGAUAUCAGUUAUCAGUAUCGUGUAAUCACGAGCUUCGUCAGCCGCGCGAAGAGAACGCUCCAGAUCACGCGGGACGCGGAGAAACUGGCGAAUCUGCGCGACGCUCUCAAGAUCUUCGAGGACUGGCUGGCGGAUUAUAAAGAGAAUAACCGGGGGAAGGAGAACCUCGCGUAUCUGCCGAUCGAAACGAUCAGCGCCUUCCGCAGCCUCGCCAAGAGGCACGGCGUGUGGGACGACGGGUUCUUCAGGGCGUACGAGGACGAGAAGGGCGAUUACAAGAGCCUGCGCGACGUGAGAGUUCCCGACGGAGACACCACAUGGGACGUCGAGAGAAACAGGCGCCUGAAGGAGAUCAUCGGCAGGAUCAGGGACGAGCACGUUCAGUGGUACGAGACGGACGCGGGCGAUUUUCGGGGACUGCCGACGAAGGAGCACGCGCGAUGCAUCGCGCUCGGUUACAGUCCCGAUCCCGCGAAGCUGAAAAAGCUGGCGGCCCAGGCGCGCGAGAAACUCGGCGAAGACGAGGACGACAUGGACGUCGAUGAGGAAGAAAGGGCCGCUAAACGAGCUCGCGAUAGCUCGUCGAGCAGCGAUGGCGACAGCGAGUCCGAGAGGAAGCGCGCGAAACGUUCGUCGGUCGCCGAGGAGAAGAGGCAGAACGAAAAGACGGAGAGCACGCUGGGUUUCAAAGACCGGGAGAAAGCCCUGCAAAGUAUCAAAUCCUUGGAGGGUAGAGACGUGUCGUAUCAGUUCCACGCGAUCAGCGGGCUGGUGAAGCGAGCCGAGAGGGUGAUAUCGUGCACGAAGGACGAGCGGAAGAUCAACAACAUGCGGGAGGCCGUCGAGAUCUUCGAGAACUGGAUCACCGACUACAACGUGAACGGCCGAUCGAAAGAGAACUUCAAUUAUCUGACGAUCGACAUCGUGCGGGCCUUCGAACCUCUGGCCGAGCGAUACGGCGUCGAAGACAACGGCUUCCUCAAGGUCUACGAGGAGGUCGGCGGCGACUACAAGAAACUCAGGUCCGUCCGAUUUCCGGAGUCGAACGUUACGUGGGACGUGAAAAGGAACGAACGUCUGCGGGAGCUGGUGGAUCGCAUAAAGGAGAAACACGUUCAAAGGUUCGACACGGACGCCGAAUUCCGAGGUCUGCCCACCGCCGAGCACACCCGAUGUAUCAUGUGGGGCUUCAGCCACGACGUCGCCAAGCUGAAGAAGCUCCUGCCCGCGUUGAGCAAGAAACUCGAGACCGAAGCCGCAAACUAAUGUUGCGAUUCAAUAACUCUUGGAUUGCCGUUUAAAAACAGACGCGCUUCCGCGAUAACGCGUGCGCGUGCGUAACUAAAGCGAGGGGAAGGAUAAAGAGAGACCGCUUCGCUGCGUGUUAUUAUAUUUUAUUCUGCGUUAUAUUGUAUAUACAUAUAUAUACAUACAUACAUACAUAUUUUUACAUGUUACGUUUUACUAUGAAAAAUGUUUUCUAUCAUACAAGCGUAGGAGAAAUAAAAACGAGCAUGGAGCA